AUGGCUGUUGAUGUCAAAACCUUCAAUGAACCUUUUGUUCACAGGAAUGAUUGUUGCUAUAAUUUAAGGGGAAAUGUACUGAAUGAUAGAAUAGCUUCCAUGGAUUUGGCAAUAGCAAUCAUCUUCUCAUCACAGACGAUAGUUGGAGUCCUGGGAAACUGCUCUCUUCUUUACCAUUAUCUCUUCCAUUACCACACUGAAGGAAGGUUGAGACCCACAGAUCUGAUUCUCAAGCACCUGUUUAUAGCCAACUCCCUGUUGAUGCUCUCAAAAGGAGUCCCCCAUACAUUGGCAGCUUUUGGGGUGAUAUAUUUCUUCAGAUUUGAAUGCAAACUUGUUUUCGAUGUUCAGAGAGUGGGCAGAGGGGUGUCCAUUAGCAGUAUCUGCCUCUUGAGUGUCUUCCAGACCAUCAUGAUCAGCCCCAUGAACUCCUGGUGGAAGGAUCUUAAAGUCAAAGCUCCAAAGUACAUUGGAUUCUCCAUUACCCUCUGCUGGAUCCUGCACAUCAUGGUAAAUUUUAUCAUUCUUGCUUAUGAGUUUUAUGUAUCUGGGAAACAGAGGAGCAAAAACAUCACAAAGAACAAGGAUUAUGGAUACUGUUCUAUUUCUGAUCCUGAGACAAUGACAGGGCGACUUUUUGCAGUACUGAUAGUAUUCCCUGAAGUUUCACUUUCUGGGCUGAUGAUCUGGGCCAGCGGCUCCAUGGUCUUCAUCCUACACAGACACAAGCAGCAGAUCCAACACAUUCACAGCACUAAUGGCUCCCCCAGACCCUCUGCUGAGUCCAGAGCCAUCCAGAGCACACUAGUGCUGGUGAGCACCUUUGUAUCUUUUUACUUCAUCUCCUCUAUCUUUCAUGUUGGCGUUGCUCUUAUUUAUAAUCCCACUCAGUGGUUAGUAAACAUCUCUGCCCUAACUUCGAUGUGUUUUCCAACUGUCAGUCCCUUUCUGAUCAUGACUUGAGACUCCACAGUACUCAGGAUCUGCUUUUCUUGCAUAAGGAACACAAACUCUCCUAAUGUUACCAAAAAAUGUAAAUUGUAUGUUUAG